AUGGCGGACGAGCAAGAUCCUUCAUGUACACCGGUGUAUUAUCUCGGUGGAACGGAGAGAACAAGGCAUCACAGUGAUCCAUCAUCAGAUUCUACUUGCCUUCCCCUCGCUCCCGCAGAAGACUACAGCACAUACGACAUUGUAAAGGCCACCCAAUUCGGUGUUUUUGAUCGUUGUCGUGAAAUCGUCGAAAGUGGCUAUGACGUCAAUCGACCAGAUUCCGAGAACGUCACCCUCCUCCACUGGGCAGCAAUCAACAAUCGCCAAGAAAUCGUUAAAUAUCUUAUAUCUAAGGGAGCCAAUGUCGACACAAUAGGAGGAGAGCUGUUAUCUACGCCACUGCACUGGGCUACUAGGCAAGGCCACCUUGCUAUGGUCGUUCUACUGAUGCGUCAUGGAGCUGAUCCUGCUAUUACUGAUGGAGAAGGCUGCCAGUGCAUUCAUUUGGCUGCUCAGUUCGGUCACACCGCCAUUGUUGCUUAUUUGGUUGCUAAAGGUCAGAAUGUCAAUGCUGCUGAUAAGAAUGGUAUGACACCUCUCAUGUGGUCUUCUUAUCGAAUUGCAACGAAUGAUCCAACUAGGUUACUAUUAACUUUGGGUGCUAGUCUGACCAUGGUUGAUCACCACCACAAAAAUACUCCACUCCACUGGGCUGUGUUUGCUAGAAACAACAAUGCCAUCUCUUUGCUGCUGAAAGCCGGAGUAAGCUUGGAUGAGAAAAAUGGCAGAGGUAAAAAGAUUCACCAAUUGAUAUGGCCAGGAGACUUAACCAACCGUACAUCCAAAAAACGUCUGGAAGAAGCUAAGAAAGACAGCGAUAAAAAAUCUCAUUGUCUAACAAUAUAUAGAGAUAAGAAAAUUCGAUAUGGCUGCAUGGUUGGUUCUCCUUUUAUAGUCUUCUAUAUCAUUGGUGCACUUCUGGAAAGUAGAGAAUCAUAUCUUGUCAAAGUAGGGUUACUAAUAAUUCUUGGUAUAGCAGUAACAAUUGCAGGCAAAUUAUUAUUUGAUGAUCGAAUUCUCAAUAUGCUUCCAAUAUCUGUUUACUUAUCUACGAAGUUUUGGAUGUAUGUGACGUGGUUUAUGUGGUUCAAUCCCUAUGUAGGAGAUAUUUGGCGAACUCUAGGCUUUAUGUUGUGUACAAUGUUCCUGUUUUAUAAUUUUAUAAAGGCAUGGAAAUCUGACCCUGGUGUAAUACAGAGUACACCUGAACAAAGAUAUAGGACAAUUAUUGAGUUGGCUGAAAGGGAUGGUUUCCAUCCAAAUUGGUUUUGUAGUUCCUGUUUAGUACGCAGGCCUUUGCGAUCAAAACAUUGUUCUGUUUGCAAUCAGUGUAUAGCAAGGUUUGAUCACCACUGCCCUUGGGUUGGCAAUUGUGUUGGUCUUGGCAAUCAUAAGUAUUUUGUUCUAUAUCUCUUCUGGCUGCUAGUUAUGAUCAUUUGGUGCCUACACGGAUGCUUCCGAUUUUGGAAGGCGCACGUUAGUUAUAGUGACACUCCAUUUUUUCAUUUUUUGUGGUCUGCAACUCGUGUGAGUGGAUGGGUUAGUUGGAUAGCUGCCAACGCUAUGCUGCAUGGCUUCUGGGUCGGUUGUCUUCUACUCUGUCAACUUUAUCAAGUGGUGUGGUUAGCUAUGACUACAAAUGAAAGAAUGAAUUGUUCAAGAUAUCGACAUUUUAAAAGGGAUAAAAACGGACGCAUCCGAAGCCCAUUCUACCGGGGUGCUUUCCAAAAUUUCCUGGACUUCUGUGAAUGGAAGUGCUGUGGUUUGUUUCAAAUCGAUACCCGAGACUGGAAGCAAGUCUACGAUUCAGAAGACGAAGGUGAAGGGUCCAUGCUUCUCCGCACCGAACACCACUAUAUUUAAUCCUGUUUAACGUAGUACAACGGCUAUAUUUUCAUUCUCUUACAUUCUAUACGAGAUCCAUUUCCUCUGAGAUCAGGUUUGACACAACGCAUAAGCAAAUGGACACC